UUAAGCCGCUCCCAUCAUGAGGUGACCCACACAGACAGUUUCUCAAACUGUGUCAUACACCUUGUUUCUCUCCAGGCUACUCUCUCUCUCCAUCUUGCUCUCCCCCGUCUCUCUCUCGCUUACAUACGGACACUGUUUUGUAAAUCAUGUCUCAGAGGCAGACCAAGCUAACUCAGAACCCUUUAGAGAAGAUUUGGAUUCCCUCCAUGAGUAGCAAGCUGUACCGACGUAGAGGGUCGUCCGUCCCUCAGUUCACUAACUCUCCUACCAUGAUUGUGAUGGUGGGGCUGCCUGCUAGAGGGAAGACCUACAUCUCCAAAAAGUUGACCAGAUACCUCAACUGGAUAGGAGUUCCCACUAAAGUCUUUAAUGUAGGUCAAUACCGGCGGGAUGCGACCCAGUCCUAUAAGAGCUAUGAGUUCUUUAGACCUGACAACCAAGAGGCCAUGAAGAUACGCAAGGCCUGUGCCAUUGCGGCUCUGAAGGAUGUGUGUGCCUACUUCAUGCAGGAACAAGGACAGGUGGCAGUGUUUGAUGCCACCAACACCACUAUAGAACGUAGAGAAGUCAUUCUCAGCUUCGCCAAGGAGAACGGAUACAAGGUCUUCUUCAUAGAGUCGUUGUGUGACGACCCAGAGAUCAUUGCUGAGAAUAUCAAACAAGUGAAGCUGAGCAGUCCAGACUACGCGGGUUGUGAUAAAGAGGAGGCGGUCGCUGACUUCCUCAAGAGGAUUGAGUGUUACAAAGUUACAUACAUAUCCCUGAACGAUGAGAAGGACAGGAGUCUGUCAUAUAUAAAGAUCUUUAAUGUUGGCAGCAGGUAUCUGGUGAACCGUGUGCAGGACCACAUCCAGAGUCGUAUUGUUUAUUACCUGAUGAACAUACAUGUAGCGCCGCGGUUCAUCUACCUGACCCGCCACGGAGAGAGUGAACUCAACCUUGUGGGACGCAUUGGAGGAGACUCUGGCCUGUCCCCACGCGGUAACAAGUUUGCCAGUGCUCUAGGAGGGUACAUACGUAGCCAGUGUAUCAGAGAUUUGAAGGUGUGGACCAGCCACAUGAAGAGAACCAUCCAGACAGCUGAGGGUCUGGGAGUCCCCUACGAACAGUGGAAGGCCCUCAACGAGAUAGACGCAGGUGUGUGUGAGGAGAUGACCUAUGAGGAGAUCCAAGACCACUACCCAGAAGAGUUUGCACUGAGAGACCAAAACAAGUACCGUUACCGCUACCCCAAGGGAGAGUCGUAUGAGGACCUGGUGCAACGUCUGGAGCCGGUGAUCAUGGAACUAGAGAGACAGGAGAAUGUUCUGGUGGUGUGCCACCAGGCUGUCAUGCGCUGUCUGCUAGCUUACUUCCUUGAUAAGAGUGCAGCGGAGUUGCCAUAUUUGAAGUGUCCUCUCCACACGGUGCUAAAACUCACCCCAGUUGCUUACGGUUGUAAGGUUGAGUCCAUCUUCCUCAACAUUGAAGCAGUCAACACACACAGAGACAAACCAGUGAAUGUUGACGUGGACAGAGAACCAGAGGAGGCACUACUGACAGUCCCAGACCACAUAUAGAGGAGGAGAGGAGAGGAUGAGAGAGGGUCGACUGAUGGUCCCAGACGACAUCUGGAGGAGGAGAGGAGAGCUACGAUAUUGCGACACAAUACAGGGAGAACCAAUGAAGAGACACCAUUGCCGUAGACACUUAAGUGAAGCAAUAAGAGAGACUGCUGGGAAAUGGAGUUUAAAGGACCAGACUACAUGAACCCUACACUAUAAUUCUCUGUCUAAACGGUGCUAGAAAACAAUGCAACAUCUCUCACAGUGGAACCCUGUUAGUGACAGUAGAAUGAAGUGAAUUCAAUAAUUUGUCUGUCUGUGUGUUAGGAUCAUGUAGUCUGUCUGUGUGUUAGGAUCAUGUGUCUACCGGCAGGGUAGCCUAGUGGUUAGAGCAUUGGACUAGUAACCGGAAGGUUGCAAGUUCAAACCCCCGAGCUGACAAGGUACAAAUCUGUCGUUCCCCCGGCAGUUAACCCACUGUUCCUAGGCCGUCAUUGAAAAUAAGAAUUUGUUCUUAACUGACUUGCCUAGUUAAAUAAAAUAAAUAAAUAUAUGUUAGGAUCAUGUUGUCCAGGAUUUCACAAACUCGGUCCUCAAGACCCCAAGGGGUGCAAAUUUUGGUUUUUGCCCUAAACAGCUGAUUCAAAUAAUCAACUAAUUAUCAAGCUUUGAUCAUUUGAAUCAGUGUUAGGGCAAAAACAAAAUGUGCACCCCUUGGGGUCCUGAGGAUCAAAUUUGGGAAACGCUGAUGUAGUCUAUCAGGAUAAUCUAGUCUGUCUAUGUGUUAGGAUCGUGUAGUCUGCAUGUGUGUUAGAAUCAUCUAGUCUAACCAUCAUCAUCAUACACUGGUUUAAUUCUG